AUGGGGAAGAUGCUGCUGUGGGCAAGUGAGUGAUCCUGUGUGUAAUUUUACAUCUUGAGAAACAUAAAGAGACAUUUCUUCCUAGAAACAAGGGAGGUGAACUUUGAGCUUAGACUUGGGAAUGAGAACACCAUCAGGCUUGCUUAUGAGACAAAUAACCCUGGAAAUGAGGUGUUUAGCAAACUGAGCCAGAUGGUUUUAUGCAUACUGUAAUGGUGUUGUUGUUUUUUAAUCUUUUGUAGGUCUGGCCAUUUUGCUGAACUUGCAGCUUGGUAAGCAGAAUUCUUUAUUGCUCAUAAAUUUAUUCCUCAAAAAUAGAUAGAAUAUCUGAGACAAAUUGAGGGUGGGGGAGAUGCUUUCAGGUUUGAUAUUGCCCUUUUCAUUUCUGCCCCCUCCUGAUCUGGGAGCUUGCAAUACUAAGGGUGUGAUUAUGAGUAGCAGCAACCAGCACAAAGGAAUGUAACAUUAAGAAUGAGAGACUAUAUCUUUGCAUUAUAUAAAUCCACAGAUUUCUGUAAAGGAAAUAUAUGGUUCCUCAUUCUGGGGGUGAUAGGAGUUGUAGUCGAAAACAUCUGGAGAACGCCAGCAAAGGCUGGGCUAGAGACUAUAACUUUCUAAUUGAGCAUUGCGCAUGUAUCUUAAUCACAACGAGUUUCCUAAAUCAAGAGAUGUUAUGUACUGAGUUGAAUAGGAUCCAAACUGCAGCAGUCUGAUUGGUCCUAGAACAAUAGGAUUCAGAAUGCAGCAGUCUGAUUGGUCCUAGAACAAUGCAGCAGUAUGAUUGGUUGGCAGGAACCACCCAAUCAUGCUCCAGAUAUAAGUGAAUCCACAACCUGAUUGGCUUACAGUAGAAUUCCAGAAUUAGCCAAUCAUGUGCAGCCCAUUGUGUAAAUAAUGUAUAUAAAGCAGAUACUUUGAGGGGACUUUCAUUCAUUCCUCCUCACCACUAUGAGCUGAAUAAAGAGCAUGAAAUCACUCUGCGACUCUGAGUAUAUUUCACUGGCGACGAAGGUGGGAUCCCGCUGAGCUGACUGCCACACACAGCACCGCAGCACCGCCACCUGCCGCACCGCUGCCUCGCACCGUGUAUCCAGGCUUCAGCUCCGGGACACAAGGAACUCAGAAUGGCAACCGACAGCAGCUUCUCGCCGUUCAACCCAGCAUCUGGAGACUGGGAAGCGUACGCCUCCCGUUUCACCUUCCUCCUAGAAGCCAAAGGGGUCACCGACGAAGAAGACGCCAAGAAGAGGGCGAUAUUCUUCAGCGUCUGCGGAGAGGAGACGUUUGAAAUCGCCCGGGCUCUCCUUGCACCUGAAGACGUCGCUACUGUUCCAUACAAAACAAUAAUGGAACAGCUGAAGGGGCACUUUUCGCCGCAGCCCUCAGUGGUGGCUCGUCGAAAUGCCUUCUACGCAAAGCGGCAAGCCCCUGGGGAAACCAUAACUGGGUUUGUGACCUCUCUCCGCCAAGCCGCCCGGUUCUGCAACUUCUCAGAGCUGGAGAACAUGCUUCGUGACCGCCUCGUCGGUGGCCUGAAGGAUGAGAAGCUGCAACGACGCCUCUACGCUAAGAAGGACCUAACGUUCCAGGUCGCUCUGGAGGAGGCCCUGGCAACGGAAGCUGCCAAGAGGUCGACGCAAGAGGCACGGCCGAGCCUGCCAUCCCAACCGAGGGUCCACCACGAAGACCUCACCGACGACUCAGGAUCUGACAGGGAGGAGGUGCACCGAGUACAGCAGCGCACUCAAGCAGCCCACAUACCACAGCUGCCUCGACGAGAAGGAGGGAACUGCGCAAGCUGCGGGGAAAGUCACGAGAGGAGGACCUGCCGUUUCCGCAACGCAGAGUGCAGGCAGUGCAGAAAAUCGGGACACAUCGCCCGGGUGUGUCGAGCUCGGCCCACCCGACGCCAGGCAUCAGAUGACCAAUCCAAGAGCCCCAGGUCCCGGGGCCCAACACACCAAGGCAACUCGACGGAGCUCACGGACUUCCAGGUAUACCAGUUGCCCCACCCCAACGUAGAGAAAAUUUAUGUAGAGGUACAGAUAGAGGGGGCCCCAUGCCGCAUGGAGCUUGACACGGGUUCAACUCUAUCCAUAAUCUCGGCAAGGACCUUAAGGAAACUGUGUCCUACUGGGGGUCCCAAACUCAGGCCGGCCCCAUUCACCCUCCGGGACUUCCAGAAACGUAAGGUCCCCACAAUGGGGGUGGGGACCUUCAGGGUGCAAUACCGAGGGCGGACGCGGCAACUGGACUUGCUUGUGGUCAAGGGCCCCUACAUUAGCUUACUGGGAUUGGCAUGGUUUGGACCACUGGGGCUAGCCAUCACUGGGGUGAACCACACUACCUUACAAGUGGACGUGGACGCCAUAUGCAAGGAAUUUCCAGGGGUUUUCGAUGGGAAAUUGGGACAGUAUACGGGCCCCCCCAUUGCUCUACAGCUUGACCCCGCAGUACGACCGGUCAGGCUCAAGGCCCGCCGGGUCCCGUUCGCCCUGAAACCCCGUAUAGACGAGGAAUUGGACCGGCUCGUGGAGCAAGGAGUGCUGGAGCCGGUGCCUAAUGCCCCCUGGGAAACCCCAAUCGUCACACCCGUCAAGCCUAAUGGUUCGGUCCGCAUCUGCGCAGACUACAAAUGUACCAUAAACAAGGCCCUCACGGCCCAUGCAUACCCAGUGCCAGUGGUCAGCCAUGUCCUUGCCACCCUGGCUGGGUCGAAAAUUUUGGCAAGCUGGACUUGGCCCAAGCAUAUCAACAGCUGCCAGUAGAUGAGGCCACAGCAGAGGCACAGACGAUUGUGACGCACAGAGGAGCGUUCAGGGUAAAGCGGCUGCAAUUCGGUGUCAGUGUGGCACCAGGCAUAUUCCAGAAUCUAAUGGACUCGCUCCUUAAAGGGAUUCCUGGCGUCACCCCCUUCUUCGAUGAUGUGUUGAUCGCCGGGCCCACACCAGAGGAGUUUGAGGACCGCCUCCGCACCGUUCUGCACCGUUUCCAGACGGCGGGUCUCAAGGUGAAGCGGGAAAAAUGUCUACUAGGAGUGCCUCAGGUGGACUUUCUGGGAUUUAUGGUGGAUGCAGAAGGGGUCCACCCGACUGGGGACAAGGUACGGGCCAUUUGUGAUGCCCCAGCGCCCAAGAGCAAGACUGAACUUCAGGCCUUCUUGGGACUAUUGAACUUUUACCAUUCCUUCCUUCCCCACAAGGCGGCGGUAGCGGAGCCCCUACACAGACUCCUGGACAAGCGGGCCCCUUGGGGGUGGGGCCAGCGCCAGGAGGCCGCAUUCCAGGCAGUCAAGGACUUGCUUGUCUCAAACUCGGUCUUGGCACACUUCGACGAGAGGCUGCCGGUGGUGCUAGCAUGCGACGCCUCGCCCUAUGGUAUUGGCGCUGUCCUGGGACACCAACUCCCGUAUGGAAGAGAGGUACCGGUAGCAUACUUUUCCCAGACACUCAACGCAACCGAGCGGAACUACUCGCAAAUAGACAAGGAGGGGCUGGCAAUCGUGAAGGGAGUAAAAAAAUUCCAUGAUUUCUUGUACGGGCGGCCCUUCACCGUGGUGACUGACCACAAGCCGUUGCUUGGCUUGUUUGCCCCCCAAAAGCAGACCCCCCAAGUGCUGUCUCCUCGCGUCCUCAGGUGGUCAAUUUUCCUUGCCAGCUACCAGUAUGCACUGAUUCACCGCCCGGGGAAAGCAAUGGGCCAUGCGGACGCCCUCAGCAGGCUACCACUACCGGAAACAGGCCCCGAUCCAGCACCUGCACAAGAGGUUAUGAGCCUGGAGCUGCUUCCUGACUGCCCCAUUCAGGCACAAGAAGUUGCACACCAUUCCAAGAAAGUUAGGGUCAUCUCCCGGGUCCUGGACUGGGUGUGGAGCGGAUGGCCCAGCAGCAGCCCUGGGCCAGAAUUCGCUGGCUACACAAUCCGCAAACAUGAACUGUCGGCCCACAAGGGGUGCCUGUUAUGGGGAAGCAGGGUCGUUGUUCCCCAGCCCCUCCACAAAAGGGUCCUCACAGCCCUACACGAGACACACCCAGGGGUAGUAAGAAUGAAGGCCCUUGCCAGGAGUUAUGUGUGGUGGCCAUGGAUCAACGGAGAGAUAGAGGCCUGGGUCAAACACUGCCAGGCCUGCCAAGAAUCCCGCCCAGAUCCCCCAAGGGCCCCAGUCCAGUCCUGGGAGUCCGCCCGAGCACCAUGGUCACGCCUGCAUGUGGACUUCGCUGGCCCCUUUCAGGGGAAAACAUUCUUCAUAGUGGUGGACUCCUACACCAAAUGGCUGGAAGUCGCACUGGUACCGUCCACUUCUACAUCCGCAGCCAUCCGGGUACUACGCAGGCUGUUUGCAACCCACGGGCUCCCUGACACUCUCGUCUCGGACAACGGGACUGCAUUUACGUCAGGAGAAUUCCAAACCUUCACAGCUCAGAACGCCAUCCGCCACAUCCAUUCGGCGCCAUUCCACCCUGCCACCAAUGGUCAAGCAGAACGCAUGGUGCGGACCACCAAGGACACCCUUCGCCGCAUGACGCAAGGGGAUUGGGAGUACCGCCUUGCCACAUUCCUUCUAGCACAGCACAGCUCCCAGCUCAAUGACUGGCCGGAGCCCCGCUGAACUACUAAUGGGUCGGCGCUUUGCAAUCAGAUUGGACCGCCUUCACCCCGAUAGAGCUCAGGAUGAGGUAGUGGUGGGGGAAGGCAGGAACCCCCAGACCUUCGAGGCCCAGGACCCAGUGUACGCAAAGAAUUUUGGGGCAGGCCCAGCAUGGGUACCCGCCACAGUCACCAGGGUCACUGGCCCCUUGUCGUACGAGGUGCUAACGGAUGGGGCGCAAUGCUAGCACCGCCACUGCGACCAGAUACGGCGACGAUUCCCGGGAGAAAACCAGGAGGAGGAAAGGUCAGAGGAGUCCCAAGGGAACAGAGGGGCAGUGAGGCCCAUAGAGCAGGAGGGGCCAGCAGGAGAGGCAGAAUCAGUAAAUACAGAGAGGACCCGCGAGGCCGAAAGGACACCGGAACCAGAACCACGACUGAGCGAGCCGGUUGCGCCAGACCAAACAGGCCCAUCACAGCCAGCAUCCUUGGAACACGAGCCAGAACCUGAACCCCGGACCAGGGAAUACCACAGGCCACAACGCACACAUAGGCCGCCGGCGUACCUCGAGGACUAUGAAUGCAACCUCCCGGGCAGGACUGGAACUUAGAGGGGAGGGGUGUUAUGUACUGAGUUGAAUAGGAUCCAAACUGCAGCAGUCUGAUUGGUCCUAGAACAAUAGGAUCCAAAUUGCAGCAGUCUGAUUGGUCCUAGAACAAUAGGAUUCAGAAUGCAGCAGUCUGAUUGGUCCUAGAACAAUGCAGCAGUAUGAUUGGUUGGCAGGAACCACCCAAUCAUGCUCCAGAUAUAAGUGAAUCCACAACCUGAUUGGCUUACAGUAGAAUUCCAGAAUUAGCCAAUCAUGUGCAGCCCAUUGUGUAAAUAAUGUAUAUAAAGCAGAUACUUUGAGGGGACUUUCAUUCAUUCCUCCUCACCACUAUGAGCUGAAUAAAGAGCAUGAAAUCACUCUGCGACUCUGAGUAUAUUUCAAGAGGUAAGCGCACAGGGCCAGAUUGAACUAAGUUGUUGCACGAGCAGAAUGAGAUCAGCUUGUGCAAUGGGACUUUGCUCUGGAAGGCUGAAGGAAAACUUAGAACAGGUUUAAGAGGUGGGAGGAGAGGGGCAAAAUUCCUUUUGCGUGAGCUGACCUCAUUCCAUUAACACAUAAAGUAUGCCGGUUUUGGAGUCAGUUGCUUUGAUUUCUAUGUUGUUCUUGCCUAUGAUAUUCACAUCACAAUGUUCUUUCUUACCUCAGGAUCUUCCUACAAGCUGGUCUGUUAUUUCACGAACUGGUCCCAGUACAGGCCUGAUCCUGCCAGAUAUAAACCAGCAAAUGUGGACCCCUGCCUGUGCACACAUGUCAUCUAUGCCUUUGCUACUAUGAGCAAUAACAAGAUCGCCCCCUAUGAAUGGAAUGAUGACGUCCUCUAUCCACAGUUCAAUGGUCUAAAAGAAUAGUUAGUAAAUUCUUUAAGCACUUGGUAAUUACUAAGAAUGAGCACAGAUUGGUUAAUCUCAAAAUAAUAAGGCUUGUUUGGACCUGAUCUGAUUUUCUAAGCCCCCUAGUUGUAAAUGUUUGAUUCAGUUUUUUGGAAAAAAACUAAACAAAACCCUGGAAGGUUAAUAUUAGCUGCUGCAGAGCUGCAAAGUACUCUCUACCCUCUGCUCACUAGGCCAAUGGCCAGAAGAGAGAAGGGCAGAAAAGUCAGUUCUGGGCACUGCUACAACAGCCCAGAGUCUCCCUAGUGCUAGAGAAUCUAUCCUGUGCUAUUGUCUAAUAUAGGGAUCUCAGAUCUGCAGGAGUCUUAGUCCAGGCAACCCAUCACUGUUGAAACCCGCUUAAAAAAGGUAAAGGUAAAGGACUCCGGACAGUUAAGUCCAGUCGCGAAUGACUCUGGGGUUGCGGCACUCAUCUCACUUUACUGGCCUAGAGAGCUGACGUUUGUCCGCAGACUGUUUUUCUGGGUCAUGUGGCCAGCAUGACUAAGCCACUUCUGGCGAAACCAGAGCAGCACACAGAAACGCCGCUUACCUUUCCGCCAGAGUGGUACCUAUUUAUCUACUUUCACUUGACAUGCUUCCCCUCAAAAAUAUGAGACUGACUUAUACUGUGUGAGAGCAUUAGUUCUGUUGUCAAACACUAUUCACACUGAUUGGCAGCUGCUAUCAGGCAGUGGGCUCUUCCUCAUCCUGAGAUCCUUCCAUUGGAAUGGCCACUGGCUGAUUAUUAUUAUUAUUUUGCAUACAGUACAUGCUCUCUACUCACUGAACUGACUGUUCUAUGCCUUUUGCCUGCCAGUUCCUUCUUGUAUCUGUGUCCCAGAACAUGCCACCUCUCCAGGACUCAGGGAAAACUUAACGUGACAUUAAGCACAUUAUUUAGUAUAGGAGAGUCCCAACCAGAGAGUCUCAAGAGAGAUCCUAGCAUGGGCAGAGAAGCUGUCACAACAUUAACAAUCUGGAAAUGCUGUGGGGACAAUGGCUUGAUGUACCUGUCUGCAUGGCUAUUGUUUGCACUGGGAGGUAAUCUCUUCUUAGUACCAGUGACAGCCUUCCUCCCAGGGCAGAAAUAGGGGUUGUGGGAAGGCUGCUGCUCGAUAUCAAUGGAUCAAAGUCCCUUCCCAUGAUUCUGUGGCCCCAACCCAGAUCACUCCUCAUGGCUAUUUAGUUAAAAAAAAAAAAGAACAAGCACACAGUCCUAUGAUCAACACAGUAUCUAGUUUGGUCCUCAGACCAUGCUUAAUGGCAGUUCACGAAACAAUAAACGAUGAUGGGGAAAGCAACAAUUGCAUAUUAUAAAUUUAUUUCCUAAUUUUUCCAAUCCCUUCCUUAGCAAUGAGAAAAUGGUUACCCUUUUGGCGAUUGGAGGAUGGAAUUUCGGCACCCAGAAGUGAGAACUUUUCUUUCACAUGUAUAAUGAACAAGAUGGGGGUGGGGUAGUUUGUGGCUACUGCUGCUGGCCUGCUGAGGAAGAGGCAAUGAAUGGAUAAAAGGGAUGUGGAGGAUUUUCAGGAACCUCUGGUGGAUAGAAAGAUAAGACCACUGUGGAGUUAAAGGAGGAGAGUUGGGGUUUUUUUUGAAGAGUCAGAGGGAAGUAUGGGAUAAACAAGUACAGUAGAAACAUUUUGUGGGGAAGGAAGUGGUAAGAUAAGCUGAAACAAGCUAGCAUUGCUUAAUUUUGUGGUUCACAUAGUGUAUAUCCUCAUACUUUCAGUAACUUAAAAACAAAUCCGGUUUUGUUAGGUUCACCACAAUGGUUGCUACAGCUGAUAACCGCAAGACUUUCAUCGAUUCAGUGAUUAUGUACCUUCGUCAGUAUGGGUUUGAUGGGAUUGAUCUGGACUUUGAAUACCCAGGUUCUCGGGGCAGCCCUGCUGAGGAUAAGCAUCGUUUCACUCUUUUAGUCCAGGUGAGGAAGCUUUGCCCAGCAUCCUGUGAACAUCGUGCCUCGCUCUCUUUGCAUAAACAAAUGUAAUACAGUAUGUGAAUGAGUCGAUUAUUUUGUAAAUAAUGGCAGCACUUCCUCAGAUCUUGAAAUCACAAAGCAGAUGCUGAUUGAUAUGGUUGCUUGGUCACACAUUACCUUUUCUCAUGUGAUGGGGGUUAUCCUCAGCCAGGAUGGCUCUCAUCAACAACAGACACGCUUGUCGAAAUAAAGCACUAAUUCCAACUAAAUGUUGCUAGAAAUGAGGUGCCACUGCCAAUUACACAAUCACAUAAUAGAAUAUCUUUUCCUAGGAAAAGGAAUAUAUUUCACUCCUCUUCCAGGUUUAUAAGAAUGUUAAAAUAAUUUGAAAUUUCUUCAUAUUUAGCUGUUUAAAUGACAAUCAGCUGAGCUUUCUAAAUUCCUCCUUAUAUGUACAUAAUGGCACUUUGGUUCAUAUACCAAAGAAGUGGAAUUUCUUCAUAUUAAAAUAAUAAAAGAUGUUGUUGCAUACCACCAAUUUUUGAAACCUUGCACACAAUGAAUUAGCUAGAACUGAAUGCAGCUGUUAACUUUACUCACCCAUGCCCUUCUCAAGGAAAUGCUGGCUGCUUUCUCAAGUGAAGCCACCAGGAGCGGGCAACCCAGACUGUUGAUCACAGCAGCUGUAUCUGCUGGCAAAGCAACCAUUGAUGCCGGAUAUGAAAUUGCAGAGAUAGGAAAGUAAGUGACAAUGUGCUAAAUCGGGGACUUGUGAAAAUAGGACAAAGCAAGGCAAAAUUCAUUAUUCAUUUGGAGGGAAUUAUUUAUUAUAUUAAGGAAAAGGUGCAUACAGAGAAAUAUAUACAUGUCAACAAUAUGAGACAAUAUAUUUGUGCAGUCUUGCCAAAGAUUUAAACUUGGUUGUUUGACAUCCAGGAAUUUAGAUGUAGCAUUUUGAAAUCUUUCUGAGUGACCAGUAAAGGUCUAGUUCAAUAUAAGUGGCUGCAAUACCCACUUGCCUGGGAGUAAGUCCUGUUUAACUUUAUUAAGUUUACAGAGAGAUAUGCAUAGGAUUGCAAUGCUGGACCCAUAUGACACUAAGCUUUAGCUUUCUAGUCAAUGUCCUCUUUAGCUUGUUCUGUGAUAAAAAUGAACAGUGUAGUCACCUUGAACUUCAUUUGUUGGAAAGGUUGGAUGCGAAUUUAACAACUGGACAAAUAUCCUUGCAGAAAAGGGGAGCGGGAGCUGAGGAUAAUAUAGCUAACUGUUUAGAAAACUACAAGUCAGAUGUACACCAUAUUGUUCAAAUGCAUACAGUUUUUGUAUGGUUUCACGCAAUCUUCAAAAGCUAAUGUGAAAGAGAACAGGUUUCAGCCCACCAGUAUCAAGAGGAUCUUUAUUUCAGCGUAUGGAUCCAUUAGGCAAGUUGUUAUUGCUCUGCUUUUUUUUUUUUUUAUUUGCACAAGGGUUCUAGAUUUCAUCAGUGUGAUGACCUACGAUUUCCAUGGAGGAUGGGACACCUUCACAGGUCACAAUAGCCCCCUGCAUGUGGGAUCUGCAGAUAAAGGCGAUUUUGUGUACUUCAACUGCGUAAGGAAAUGCUAACAAAACUAUUGUUUGCUCAGAGCCGGUACAAAAAUGGUCAGUUCAUACCUAUAUUUAUUAUGUUCAUAUUGAAAGGAAUUUGCCAUGAAAUACUGGCUAGAAAAUGGGGUUCCUGCUCAGAAGCUUAUGAUGGGGUUUCCUACUUAUGGCCGUACCUUUAGGCUUACCACAGCUGACACAUCGGUUGGCGCUCCCGCGUCUGGUGCCGGAUCCAUUGGACCUUACACAAGGGAAGCUGGUUUCUGGGCUCAUUAUGAGGUAAAUGAAACAUUUAAAAAGGACCAAAGUUUAAAAGCAUGCAGUACUUAAAAAUCUCUAAGCAAAGUGCAUUUUGUCACUCAGCAGUUAUAAUCCUGUUCUACAGUACUAAUGUCUUGCUGUUCACCCAUCCAGGUUGCUUAUAAUCAAGAUUACAUACAAUUGUGUUUUAUAAUUCCAUCACAUCCAUUUUCAUCCUCUUUAACAGGUUCCUUAAUAUGUUCUGAUAUUUUUUCUUGAACUUCAAAAACUGCUGUGGACUUCACGUAUGGGAAAUCAGUUUUUGCCAUAGACUAGAAAACGUUUCCAGUCCUCCUAAAAAGAUUCUAAAUUUGUCUCUCUCAUCAGUGCCAUCGGUUUUGCCAUCUCUGUGCAACCCAUGAUUUUCACCAGCUGUUCUUCCUUUGAGGGCAUUCCUUCCUCCUUCCACUUCUGUGCAUAAAGAUUCCUUGUCACUAUGGGUACAUACAUAAAUACAAUUGAAGCUUUCUUUGGAAUUUCAAUGUCCAGUAUCCCCAGCAGGAAGGCUUCUGGCCUUUUGGGAAAAGUCACUUAAAAAAAAUAAUCAUUAUUUAUCAGGUACAUGGUUUUUCCUCUUUGGUAUAAUUACAGGAAAUGCUGCUAGGAAUAUUACAUUAGCCACAGAAGUGCACCACAAAGGAUAGAAUAUAUUUCACUGAUAAAACACCAAGUGCCUGUACCAGCCCAAGGGAUACUUGUAACUCUACAGAUAAGACUGGUAAACAGUUUAAUUCAGACAGAUGAGUCAGCCUGAUUGAGAUUUGUAUAUACAGUUGUUUGCUGCUGUUUGCUAACAUGAAUGUUCCUUGACAGAUUUGUACGUUCUUACCAGAAGCGACAACCGUCUGGAUUGAAGAUCAGAAAGUCCCUUAUGCCUUCCUGGGGAAUGAGUGGGUUGGGUUUGAUGAUUUAACCAGCUACAAAUACAAGGUAUGUUAUUUUUUUCUAGUGCGUGUAACAGGUUGAUCUGUACCCACACUCAAAGUACCUUGCAAGAUUUAUCAGUGCAAUGUUUGAGCUUUGUAACAAUGCUUGGUGCAUAUGUGCGUGUGUAUUACCGAAACUGAUCUUGGGAUAUUUUUGUGCAAGUCAGCUGCUGGCAUCAUUGAAUCAACUUAGUUAACAUUGACUUUUAGGAAUGUAGCCAAGCCCUUAGAUGCAUUGAUCUAGUCCAGUGUUUGUCUUUCCCAAACCCCAUGAGUCUAAAGAACAGCACCCCAACAAUUCAUGUUAUGUUAGUGCAUGCAACUGACAUCAAAUGUGGUGGGAAUAUCUUGUACUUGCUUUCUGCGCAGGUUGAAUUUUUGAAAGCAAACAACUUUGGAGGAGCCAUGGUUUGGGCCAUUGACCUUGAUGAUUUCCUAGGCACUUUCUGCAAUACAGGGGCAUAUCCUCUGAUAUCACAUUUGAAGACACUCCUUGACAUACAAACUCCAGGUAGGUCAAUUUAUUGAGAAGAAUUCUGCACUAAGACGUGUAUAUGCAUGUGCGCACAUGCACAGAGCGCCAUGCUGCAAUUUGGAGGUGCAAGGAAACAAGUAGCCAAUGAUAAACAAAUUAUGUGAUGUGCAAAGACACUUCCCAAUAUGUUUUAGUAAAAGGGGGGCAAUUUAAUGCACACCCAAUCCCUUUUGAAACCUCUGUGGGGAUGUUCCCUCUGACUGGCUUUGCUCUUUAGUACAACUGCAAUGUAUUAAACAACUUCUCUCAAGUGUCUUCUCUGAUUAUAUUCUUCACCCUUAGGUUGUGUAGCUCCACCCCCUCCAACAGUCCCACCUCCUCUUAUUUUCUGUGAAGAUAAAGCUGAUGGUAUCUAUGCCAAUCCGGAUGACAAAUCAAAAUUCUAUGAAUGCUCUGGGGGCAAUACUGUUUCCAAGAGUUGCGGAGAAAGUCUGGUGUUUGAUGAGAGCUGCAAGUGUUGUAACUGGCCUUGA